AUGGCGGACGACGACUACGACGUGCUGCCCAUGUACGUCGAAGAGGACGAGGAGGAGGCUGCGGCGGAGAAGCAGAAGCGCCGGCAGCAGAGCCUGAAGCCGCCGCCGCCGCCGCGGCCGCUCAUCACGCCGGAGGAGAUGGCGAGGAGGAAGGUCAAUCAGGCUAUGCUCAGGAAACUUCACGAGUACGACCCCAAAUUGGGAUCCGGUUGCUACACCCGAGUUUAUUUCUUGGACUUCACCAAGUUCGACAUCGAUGCAGAGAAUUCACUUAUCAAAGAAAGCCACCAGUUGGUCCACUCGUUAAAUGUACUCGGUCUGAAGAUAAUGUCCUCUGAUGUUGGCUACCCUAUCAAUGUGUAUGGGACUGUGAUAAUCAGAGACCGUCUGGAUAUGAAAUGCAACUACAUCUUCCGGCGCAACAGGGACAAUUGCCAACUCAUCAAGUCUCAGGGUGAUUCUCUGAUCCUGACUGGCCCAAGUAGAGGAGUUGUUUUUCUUGGUGAUGCCUAUUUCGAGAUAAAUCUGAAGAUUAGGGAAGGCAGAGAGAGCGACGACAGGCAGUUCAACAAAGCAAUGAUUGAUGUGCUUGGUAGCAAAAUUAACUAUGUGGUUGGAAGGGAAACUAUUGAUAGCUGGCUGAGCUCCGUGGAUCUGAUAUUUGCAUAUGUUAAGACAGCAUUGGAGGGCACGGUUGAGAUAAAGAUUUUGUCGGGGCCUGAAUAUUUUUGUGGAAAAAUAACUGCUUGCACAACCGAUGUUCCAAGUCAGAUGCUGUUGUAUGACAGUGAUGUUGACUGCGCUGUUACUGUUGGUGAUGACAGGGUUAUCAAACUAUUGCGCUGUGCGGUCUCUGUCUCGGCGGAUCAGAUGUUGUUGCUCGAUUUCUCGGCCGGUAGCGGUGAUGGGAAUGCCAACAUCUCCCACCGCAGAUGCAUGUUCACUCCACCGAUGAAAGGUGCAGACACGGAUGAGAUUACGUGUGGUCUUUACAAGCUCCGAGUCAAAGUCGUUUGGUCAACACUGCUAAUGAGCUGA